UUGUUGGGGAAGGGGGAGUGAAGGUCUGUGCAGGGAGCAGGUCCGCCUUCUCUUCGUUUCUGUCCCGCUAUAGUCUCAGCUUAUUUACCGGUAACAUUUCCAGGGCAGGAGACGAGGGUCCCGGGGCCGCACGGAGUCUCCAGACCCGACACAGACACGAGCCGUCCCGGCGGACCCCCGCGCUGCGGGACACUUGGUUUCUCCCCAGUCUGGGCUGCGCUGCGCGUCGAUCUCAGGAUCAGUUGCUGCUCCGGCACCGGAUUGUGCCCCAUGGAUCGUCUGUAGCGACUGCGACUAUGGACCGGGGAUCCCUCCUGCUCCUCCUGCUGCUCCUCCCGCCCCUCCUGCCCCUCACCCGGGCUCUGGAAGAAACCUUAAUGGAUUCCACAACAGCGACGGCAGAGCUUGGUUGGACAGUGGGACCAAUGUCAGGGUGGGAAGAGGUAAGUGGAUAUGAUGAGACCAUGAACACCAUCAGGACCUACCAGGUGUGCAACGUAUUUGAGGUGAAUCAGAACAACUGGUUGAGGACCAAGUACAUCCGCAGGAGAGGGGCGCACAGGAUUCACGUGGAGAUGAAGUUUUCCGUACGGGACUGUAGCAGCAUUCCCAACGUUCCCGGCUCCUGCAAGGAGACCUUCAACUUCUAUUACUAUGAGUCCGACUUCGACUCGGCCACCAAAACCUUCCCCAGUUGGAUGGAGAACCCUUGGGUCAAGGUGGACACCAUUGCGGCAGACGAGAGCUUUUCCCAGGUGGAUCUUGGGGGGCGGGUGAUGAAAAUUAAUACUGAGGUGCGGAGUUUUGGGCCCGUCUCCAAGUCCGGAUUCUACUUGGCCUUCCAGGACUAUGGGGGGUGCAUGUCCCUCAUCGCUGUCAGGGUCUAUUACCGAAAGUGCCCCCGGAUUAUCCAGAAUGGGGCCAUCUUCCAGGAGACUCUGUCUGGGGCCGAGAGCACCUCACUUGUGGCUGCCCGGGGCAACUGUAUCCCCAACGCCGAGGAGGUGGAUGUGCCCAUCAAGCUCUACUGUAACGGGGACGGCGAAUGGCUCGUUCCUAUUGGUCGAUGUCUCUGUAAGGCCGGAUACGAGUCAGUGGAGAACGGCACAGUCUGCAGAGACUGUCCCAGUGGGAUGUUCAAGGCCAAUCAGGGGGACGACAGCUGCCUCCACUGUCCAAUCAACAGCCGCACCACCUCUGAGGGGGCCACCAACUGUGUGUGCCGGACUGGCUACUACCGGUCUGACUCAGACCCACUACAGAUGCCCUGCACUACAAUCCCAUCCGCCCCCCAGAAUGUCAUCUCCAGUGUGAAUGAGACCUCCCUGAUGCUGGAAUGGGCACCUCCCAGAGAUUCGGGGGGCAGAGAAGACCUUGUGUACAAUAUCAUCUGCAAGAGCUGUGGUUCGGGCCGAGGAGCUUGCACUCGCUGUGGAGAUAACGUGCAGUUUGCCCCACGUCAGCUGGGACUGAUGGAACCCCGAGUUUAUAUCAGUGAUCUGUUGGCUCACACCCAGUACACAUUCGAGAUCCAGGCGGUUAAUGGGGUCACUGACCAGAGUCCCUACUCCCCCCACUUUUCCUCAGUGAAUAUCACCACCAACCAAGCAGCUCCAUCCAGUGUUUCCAUCAUGCACCUUGUGACCCGCGCGAUCGACAGCAUCACCCUGUCCUGGUCCCAACCCGACCAGCCCAACGGCAUCAUCCUCGACUACGAGCUCCUCUAUUAUGAGAAGGAUCUGACUGAGCACAACUCAUCAGUGGCCAAAAGCUCCACCAAUACGGUGCUGGUGCCGGGCCUGAGGGCGGGGACUAUAUACGUGUUCCAGGUGCGGGCGCGCACGGUGGCAGGAUACGGGCGAUACAGCGGCAAGAUGUACUUUCAGACUAUGACCGAAGCCGAAUACCAGAGCAGCUUCCAGGAGAAACUCCCGCUCAUCAUUGGCUCGUCGGCCGCUGGACUGGUCUUCCUCAUCGCUCUCGUAGUCAUCAUCAUCGUCUGCAGCAGAAGACGAGGCUUUGAGCGUGCCGACUCGGAGUAUACGGACAAGUUGCAGCAUUAUACCAGUGGCCACAGUACGUACCGACUGCCCUCCCCUGGGCUCGGCGCCCGCUCUCUCGUUGUGACCCCAGGGAUGAAAAUCUACAUUGACCCUUUCACUUACGAGGAUCCCAAUGAGGCUGUGCGGGAGUUUGCUAAAGAGAUUGAUAUCUCCUGCGUGAAGAUUGAGCAAGUCAUUGGUGCAGGAGAGUUCGGGGAGGUUUGCAGUGGGCAUUUGAAGCUGCCAGGGAAGAGGGAGAUCUUUGUGGCCAUUAAAACACUGAAGUCGGGGUACACGGAGAAACAGCGGCGAGACUUCCUGAGUGAGGCGAGCAUCAUGGGACAGUUUGAUCACCCCAAUGUCAUCCACCUGGAGGGGGUCGUCACGAAGAGCUCCCCCGUCAUGAUCAUCACUGAGUUUAUGGAGAACGGAUCCCUGGAUUCAUUUCUGCGGAAAAACGAUGGGCAGUUCACAGUGAUCCAGCUGGUGGGCAUGCUGAGGGGCAUUGCUGCUGGCAUGAAGUACUUGGCUGAUAUGAACUAUGUGCACCGAGACUUGGCCGCCCGCAAUAUCCUGGUGAACAGUAACCUGGUGUGUAAAGUGUCCGACUUUGGUUUGUCCCGAUUCCUGGAGGAUGAUACGUCCGACCCGACUUAUACCAGCGCCCUGGGGGGCAAGAUCCCCAUUCGCUGGACGGCGCCAGAAGCCAUUCAGUACCGGAAAUUCACGUCGGCCAGUGACGUUUGGAGCUACGGAAUAGUCAUGUGGGAGGUGAUGUCCUAUGGAGAGAGGCCUUACUGGGACAUGACCAAUCAGGACGUUAUUAACGCCAUCGAACAAGACUACCGCCUGCCGCCCCCUAUGGACUGCCCCAAUGCCCUGCACCAGCUCAUGCUCGACUGCUGGCAGAAGGACCGCAACCACCGGCCCAAGUUUGGCCAAAAUGUCAACACGUUGGAUAAAAUGAUCCGAAACCCCAACACGUUAAAGGCCGUAGCACCGCUGUCUUCAGGAGUGACCCUCCCCCUGCUGGACCGCACCGUGCCCGACUACACCAGUCUCAGCAGCGUAGACGAGUGGUUGGACGCAAUAAAGAUGGCGCAGUACAAGGAGAGCUUUGCCAACGCCGGAUUCACCUCCUUCGAUGUCAUAUCACAGAUGAGUAUGGAGGAUAUUCUGCGGGUUGGGGUGACAUUGGCCGGGCACCAGAAAAAGAUCCUGAACAGCCUCCAGGUGAUGAGGGCACAGAUGAACCAGAUCCAGUCGGUGGAAGUUUGAUUGGCGCUUCCUCCUCCUCGCACUUCCUUCCUCUAGUUCCGAGCCCUCCCGCCCCUUCCUGGUACCGACCAAUCAGGUUUUCCCGCAGAGUUUCCACGUGCCCCCGGACUACUUUCCCACGGGCGGAGGGAUCAGGGGCGGCGGCAGAGGGAAACCACUAAUUGGAUAUUUUUUACUGAUUUGUUGAAUAAAAUAAAGAGAAAAAAAGGGCUGAAGGUGGCGGGUGGGGGCGUGAGCUGAGCGGCACGGGGGGCACAAGUAGGGUUGCCUCCUUUUCUGGAAAAAAAUCCCGGCCUUCCCUAUAUAUUAAUAACAUUGGGAUCAACCAUCAUUUCUACUAGCCAGGUGGCAACCCUAGACACAAGGGACAUUUCUACAUGAAAAUGAAGGACCAUCUUUAUAUCCUUGUGCCACCGGCCAGCAGAGCUAGCAAUUGUCAGAGGGCAUUGGGGGUCCCAUCAAAUGAACUCAUGGGGGAGAUAGAGGAGGAACCUUCCCCCCAGCAGCAAAUGCUACAGAGACAAUUGUCUCCCUCCGCUCUGGGUCAAUGGGACGUUCUGCAGGGGCCCAAACCACACCUCCAGUGACAUCAUAAAUAUCAUGGAUGAGAGCCAGUGAUGUCAUGACGCUGAAUUAUCCUACUGUCGUCCACGUCAUGGACUCCGCCCUUCUUUGUUUACACCAAUUGGACCUUUUUUUAAACUUGUUUUUAAAUCUCAGAACUGACAGUCAGAAAUUGCAUAAAAAAACUUAAAAAUAACAAAAAAAAAACAGAAAAGAAAUGGAUCUGGCGAGCGGUUCUUCUGCUCGGGACCAAUCAGCACGUCUUGUCUUCUCCAUUUCUAUUGGCUGCUGGAAACCCCUUCCUAUUGGGAGACAUUGGUGCCCAUCGGACAGCCCACUUGAGUGGGGGGCACACCCCAUUAAUUGUGUUUCUUUUUUUUCCCUUUUGUCUGGCACUUACUAUAUAAGCUUCUCAAUGGAGUUAGUGGGUGAGGAAGCUGAACCCCAGGGGUACAGAGGUGACCCCUCAUACAGGCACUUUACUGAGCUACAGGGGGUCCCACUUGUAUCAGUACAGGGAUCCAGAGGCAGAAACAUCAGGGGGCCGCACCCUAUGAUUUUGGGGGUGCCAGUUUGCCAUGUUCCUGUAGACAAAAGAACAUGUUGGCUGAAUUCACUCAGUCCGAGCCCCCCAUAGAGAUCUGUCAUGUCCCCAGGGCCCCCUUUUUGUUCCCUUUUGCUGAACCCUCUUAACCCAAUCCAAGUUUAGGGGGGCCCCCCAGUAUUAGUAUCUACGAUAUCCGUCAGCACAAAUUGAUCUCUCCCUCAUUGGACACAUCAGCAGCUGGUGACAAUCAAAUGCCAGAGCUAAUCUUGAUUCUGAUUGGCUGCCCUCAUUUAAAUAUGAAUGAGAUGGGAGGAGCCAUGCAGCACUAGCCCUAAGGGCGGAUCUGACAGAUUUCUGUACAAUCUCUAUAAUAGAAAUGUAAUUAAUUAAUUUAUUGUUUAAAGGGGUAGUUUCUUUGCACCUUCAUCUUCUUGGGGCCCAACUUCAUCCAGUGUUAUAGACUUUCCUCUCAUCAACCAGGGGCCCAACACAGAUGUCUCUUAUCUUGCCCCCAUGAUCUCCUGCUGUCUCUCUAACUCCCUGCCCCCCAGGAUCUCCUGCUGUCUCUCUAUAUCCCCCUGCCCCCCAGGAUCUCCUGCUGUCUCUCUAUAACUCCCUGCCCCCCAGGAUCUCCUGCUGUCUCUCUAUAUCCCCCUGCCCCCCAGGAUCUCCUGCUGUCUCUCUAUAACUCCCUGCCCCCCAGGAUCUCCUGCUGUCUCUCUAUAUCCCCCUGCCCCCCAGGAUCUCCUGCUGUCUCUCUAUAUCCCCCUGCCCCCCAGGAUCUCCUGCUGUCUCUCUAUAACUCCCUGCCCCCCAGGAUCUCCUGCUGUCUCUCUAUAUCCCCCUGCCCCCCAGGAUCUCCUGCUGUCUCUCUAUAUCCCCCUGCCCCCCAGGAUCUCCUGCUGUCUCUCUAUAACUCCCUGCCCCCCAGGAUCUCCUGCUGUCUCUCUAUAACUCCCUGCCCCCCAGGAUCUCCUGCUGUCUCUCUAUAUCCCCCUGCCCCCCAGGAUCUCCUGCUGUCUCUCUAUAACUCCCUGCCCCCCAGGAUCUCCUGCUGUCUCUCUAUAACUCCCUGCCCCCCAGGAUCUGUUGUCUCUCUCUCUAACUCCCUUCCCCCCAGGAUCUCCUGCUGUCUCUCUAUAACUCCCUGCCCCCCAGGAUCUCCUGCUGUCUCUCUAUAACUCCCUGCCCCCCAGGAUCUCCUGAUGUCUCUCUCUCUCUAUAACUCCCUGCCCCCCAGGAUCUCCUGCUGUCUCUCUCUCUAUAACUCCCUGCCCCCCAUGAUCUCCUGAUGUCUCUCUCUCUAUAACUCCCUGCCCCCCAGGAUCUCCUGCUGUCUCUCUCUCUCUAUGACUCCCUGCCCCCCAGGAUCUCCUGCUGUCUCUCUCUCUAUAACUCCCUGCCCCCCAGGAUCUCCUGCUGUCUCUCUCUGUAACUCCCUGCCCCCCCCCGGGAUCUCCUGCUGUCUCUCUCUAUAUCCCCCUGCCCCCCAGGAUCUCCUGCUGUCUCUCUAACUCCCUGCCCCCCAGGAUCUCCUGCUGUCUCUCUCUCUCUAUAACUCCCUGCCCCCCAGGAUCUCCUGCUGUCUCUCAAUAAGUCACUAACCCCAGCACCCAUGACACCCUGCACUCUUUAUAUGGACUUUGGGAGACAAUUGGGGUGAUGCAGUUUGUAGGUGCCACAGAAGUGGGGGGGGGGUACUGUUUCCAUUGAUCCAUUUGCCCCAGUUACCCUCAGCAUUUAUUAACCCCUGAGUGCCAAGGACAUUCUCAGUGCCAAGCCUCUGUGGCCCCACCGAGUGAAAGAGAAAAUAUUUUGGAGAGAUGAUUAUUUUUCCAUACACCCCAAUAAAGCUCCCUUCCCCAUGAGCACCCCCUGCCUGUACCCCCUGCUGACUGGCACCGUAUCCAUGUUACUGCUGAAUCCUUACUUUGAUAUGGACUUGGGACUCGUGUGUGGCCAAUCACCCCAAAACCCAGUUCUCCCAGUGAUCAGUGUUGGACUAAUGCUCCCGGGGUCCAGACACCCCACUCCUAGAUGGAGACUGUGCCAAAGGCUAUGGAUCAUACAGGGUGAGCGGAACCACAGAUCUGUAGCAAUUUACUGUGAAAUGAGAAGGAACCACUUUAUCUUUGCAGUGUUUGGGUCAGUUCUAGAGCAGUUCUGAUUGGAGGGGGAGAGAUGAGUAUUCAUUGCUAGUGUUGGGUCCAUGGUACCAGUACUCAGCUCAUACUCUCAUGUUGUGGGUUCUGAGGCAAACGUUCUUUCCCCCUGGUCCUGUGUCUGUCCCGACUUCUGUCCAGCUCCAUGUUGCAGGAAUGACUAAACAGAACCUCCACUAGCCGCUCAUUCUGUGACUACCUGGGUCCAGUGGAAAUGUUUACAGAUCCAAAUGGUGCUCCUGAAUCAAACGUACUGUGAGCACUAGGACCCUGUGUAUAAAGCCAAUAGUUGGACUGGGCAGUUGGGUUCAUUCUGCUGGUUCUGUUGGACCCACUCACCUUCUCGGCCCACGUGGAGGAGACUUCAUCCUCUAUCGGGUCUCACCAGCAUUUGCCAAGAGGAGGACAGGUUUGUGAUUAAUGGACCGGUCGGUUCUGUGCACUGGAUCUUCCUAUUGGUUCUGCUGAUUUAUUCCUCCUUUUCUACUUUGUGUCACACGGAUACAAAUCCAACACUGUGAGUCCAGGAAAAUGCACCGAACCAGAACUGGUACCAGUCCUGUCAAUAACUGAAAUAAAUACUUUGCUAAUAAAGAC